UCGUUCAACCAAUCGCCGUUGAGUCUCCUCCCACUUUAUUCGAAUCACUGCAACAGCAACAGCACAUCAACCAGAUACAAAGUGAAACGAUCGUGAUAUGAUACUUAAACGAAAUACAAAAUCACAGCCAACGCUCAGUUCGAAAUUGGGAUUACGAUGUAACGUUCGAUCAUUUUGUGAGACUCGGGGAACCGACAGGACUUUUGCUAAGAUUUUUUUUUUAUCAUUUAAAAAAAUAGAAUCAUGGUUUUUUGGAUCUGGUUCGAUGUUAACAACAAUUUGUGAACAAUUGUUCAGUGUAUAUUCAUUUAAAAUUUGAAAAAAUGGUUUUUCAUGACUCAAAAUAAGUGGCAAAUGUGAAAGGGAUUUCACACAUUUUUAAUUAACGAACAAAUAUUUGAAAUGCAAAAAAAAACUAAACCAAUAGUGUUGACCGACAAUGAAUCUAUUUAAGAAAAUCCGUUCAUUAGUUUAUUAUGUAAAUAAAUCGUUUAGAUUGAUAAAUAAAACCGUUUCAUUUGGAAUGUAAACGAUUUCUAAAGUGUGUUGGUCUUUAUUUCUAUUGAGGAAUGCGAUCAUUAUUGGAUUUUUGAACGCUAAAAUCGAUAAUUAAUGCCAAUCGGCUCACCGGGAAAUCAAUUUUCUUGAUUGAAAAUGUACUAAAUAGAAGUAACUAAUCUGAAUUUGUUUAUCCAUUUGAAAUCAAACGGUGUGAUGAUAAAUGAUUCAAGUCACAUGACGCCUUACAACCAAUGAAAAUAAAAAUUAAUCUCCACGAACUUGGGAAUAAAGAUAUGGUAAUCAGCAUCACUAUUUCUAAUAUCAAAAAUAAUGUAGUGCGAUGAUGAUGUUUUGAAAGAUUAAAUUGUAUAAAACUAUAGCAAAGAGUCAUUGGAAGACGAAUUAAUAAAGACUAUUGAUUUAAAAGUACACCAAAUACAAUGAAUUGUGAAUAAAUUAUCAAAAUAAUGAGCCGAAAAUGGAAAAGAACACAAGUGAUAUGCCAUCAAAAAAGACACAUUCACUCGAAAUGGUCGAAGCCGCCAAAAGUUGCACGGCUAUAAACUUUAGUGUCGACAGUAUUUUAAAUAGUUGUUUGAAAAAAACUGAUGCUGAAACUGAUCAAAAAUCAUAUGAAAAAGCAGUUUCACCACAAAAAUCCUUUUUUGCUGAGGAUUACGGUCGACUCUAUAGGCCAAUGCCAAUGCGAUACAUAUCCAAUUCAUCGCUAUAUCAAGGUUUUCCAAUAAACAGUUCUGCCUUACCAUUGCAUCGCCACAUAAAAUACCCUCUUCCGAAUUAUCACAGCGCAUCGAUUGCCGCUCUGCCAUUUGGUCCGAGUUUCGGUGUGGAUAGACUUCUAUUGCCAAGUUCCGUUUCAUUUCCUCAUUUUCAAAAUACUCAGCAUCGUCUAGAUUGCCUUGUUGAUCCAACGAAUCCAAAAAUUACUAGUAUACCGCCACCAACGGGAACAACGAUUGCCAAUAAUGUUGCCAUUGGUCAAGCUAAACGAAAACGAUCCUGGUCACGUGCAGUUUUUAGUCAACUUCAGCGCAAAGGCUUGGAAAUACAGUUUCAAAUACAGAAAUACAUUACCAAACCCGAUCGUCGAAAAUUGGCAGCCCGACUAGGAUUGACUGAUGCACAAGUAAAAGUAUGGUUUCAAAAUCGUCGCAUGAAAUGGCGGCAUUCGAGACAAGAAACAAAAAGUGACAAAAAUCGAGCGCCAAAAACUGAAAACAACGAAGAAAAUGAUGAUCAAGACAUGGCUUGUGGCAGUAGUGCAGAGAGCGACAGUUGUACCAGUGACGAUGACAAUGAAAUCGACAUUGAAGCAGAAUGAUCAAAUGAAAAUACAAUAUUUUAAUGUUAUAGGUAGUUUAAAUUUAUUUAUACUUUGGGUGCGUCCAUUUAAAUAACGUAUUUUUGCUUUAAUAACUAAAGAUAAAUAAAAACAUUUUUACAAUGAGCAUAUCUGUUGAAAUCAUAGUUUUGAAACAGGU